AUGUUCAAUUUUGAUGAAGGAUUUCCCUUUGUAAUGCCUCCAGCCGGAGCAGGAAUGUUUCAAUUCUUUGCAUACAAUAAUCCAUCACAGCCUUUGAUUUUUGAGCGAUAUGACCAAAGGCUCGGAAAGUUAUUUGAAUUUAAAUUACCAAAGUCAAGUACGACUCGUAUGAAUAAGAAUAAUAAUAAUUUAGAAGCAACAACAACAACACCAUCAUCUUCUUCUGAUGAUCAAAACGCGAGAGCGGAUGUUCUUGAUAAUGAAAAUCAAGAAGGUAAUAAUAUUGGAGCAUCUUCUUCCGACACGCCAACACCUACUUCCAAUGAUCAGUCUACUUCAAAUGAUCACUCCAACCAAAUAAUACAAUUGUAUGAAACUCUGCAAAAGUGCAAUCCAUCAUUCCCACAAGAACCAUGUGUAAUUCCUGAAAAGUGUCAAACGGAAAUUGAAAAGUUUUAUUCAGCGUACGAUGAUGAAGAUGAGAAGCAUCUUUUCAACCUGCUCGUGGAUGCGAACGUGAUAGCAUCAGGCCCUAUCGUUUUCAAUGUAGCUGGGACUGCAACAGGGUUCAAUGGAGGUCCUCACACUGAUCUUAUGCAAGAAGAUUUCAAAAGAGAGUACUUUAAAACAAGAGAAUGCUAUGAGGCUUCAAAAAAGGCACACAAGUUGUACCAAUACGAUGAAUUCGAUGUACAAGAUACAGCAAAUUGCAGAAAUAUUAAUGUAACGUUGCAAAAGAAAUUAAUUCAAAAAGCAGAAGAUGCUCUGGCAGUGAGUGAGCAUUGCAUCGAAGCCUACAAUGCUCUCGCCUUGUACAAGGCGACCACUUUUGAGGAAGCUCUAGAAUUGUACAGAAAAGCACAGUCACACUACAAGGACUAUUACAGUGAAAGAUUGGAAAAGAAGAGGAAAGAAGUUUUGAAAUAUAACAAGAAAGCUCAAACUUGGUACAACCACGAAUUGAGACAAUUUAUGAGAGCAAUUAUUGGUGAAGCAAAUUGCUUGAGAAAGAUGGGUCGAUACAAAGAAGCUCUCGAUAAUUAUCAAAGGUGUCUUGUGUUGGAUGAUGAGGUUCAUGAUACAUGGAUUUCGUGGAUCAGCUACAUGUAUCACAUUCCUGAAUGCCUCAUGAGAUUAGGACGAUGGAAGGAGGCCUAUGAAUUUUUAAAGAAGUAUAAUGACCUGCUUGAUGCUCCACCAACACGUACCUUGUUAUGGAGUUUAGCUCUCUGUGAAUAUGUACUAAAGAAAUACACUCCAGACACUGUAGCAAUGUCUAACGCAGAAAUUUCUGGCCGCAUCGUCAACCCAUUUAAGGACCCCAUUUUUCAUACUGCCAUUGUGUCACCAAUGGUCUAUGAGUAUUUGAUUGGAGUGAGAAAAUUAGCACCGGUGAGAAUUUCAAAGACUUGGAGAAACGGACCCUCUGGUUUUUGUGCUCCGUCUUCUCAAUCAACCUAUGCCAUGGAUCACUUGGAUUUGUGGCUUUCUGUACCCGGUGCUCUUUCAUGGGCCCUUCGCAAUGCGAAUACGAUAUAUGGCUUUUGUUCACUCACAAAGACAGAGGAAAACUUGGGAAGAAAACACUUUUAUCCCAAUGACCCUUACAAGAAUUUUUAUAAUUUAUAUUCUAGACAUUGGUUCGUGAAUGCAAGUCAAACAAUCUCAAAAGAACCCAUGUUGCUUACUGCUCUUUCUCUCAAUAACUUGCAGAUUGUUCAGUUUUUGGUUGAAAAGGGAGCAACCAUUACUACAUCGCUCGUACGAGCCUGUGAAAAGGAUAGAGAUGUUAUUUUGCAGUAUUUUUGUGACAAGGCCGGUGCGCUUCCACUCGACACACUUUACGAACCUGUUAGAAUUUCUAUCUCACUCGGUCAUUGGAAGUGCCUAAAGGUACUACUUUUGAACAUUCUCAAUUCAUCAAAUUCUGUCCCUGGAUUGUUUUUAAAUAAGUGUAUGCAAUGGCUGUUAGAAUCGAAAGAAUACGAUUGCAUGAAUGGCGGUCCAAAGUGUCCUCGCUGCAUUUCUGGAAAUUUCCAACAUGCUUCCAAUGCGAACUAUAUGCACUGUCUUGACUUGAUUUUAAUGAUGGGAUGGAAGGAUGUUUCAAACACGGUGUCUACUCUAGACAACAGCAAUAAGAAAAAGAAGCUUGCACAUCGUCUUAAACAAGUCACACGAGGAUGUGUUGCAUUGGACCCAUCCAAUUAUGGAAUUGUGGAUAUUCGCAGUGUUCAUUUGGUUUCUAAUGUUAAUCGAUACAAGGAAGUGAAGCCCUAUUCGGAAAUGUCAUCCGAUCUCAUGAAAGAUAUUGGAAAUGAUGAAUUUCAGCAAGGAAAUUACACAGACGCUCUCCAUUGGUAUCGAAGAGCACUACACAAGCAUGACAACCCUGAUCUCGAACAUAUUUUGCACUCGAACAUGGCACAAUGUCACAUUAACAUGAAACAAUACAAGCUUGCCGUCGAACAGGCACAAAAAUGCAUUGAAGUAAACCCUUCCUUCGUGAAAGGAUAUUACAGAAAAGCACUAGCUUUGGAUUUAAUGGAUAAAAAACAAGAAGCACUUGAUACUUUGGAAAUGGCACUCAAAAAAGAACCCAACAAUGACAUGAUUCUGAAACUCAAACAAAAGAUCUUACAAGACUUGGAAAAACCAUCGAUGGGUGGGUCGAGGACGAGCAGCAGCAGUGGUCGUUCUCGAGGACGCAAUCACGCAAAUCGACACGCAUCAGAUGAUGAAGAAGACUCCGAGAAUAAUAACUCUGAAGAAGAGGAAUCUGACGAGGAACACUCUGACGCUCAUGGAAGACCAGGCGUUUGCCCUAAUUGUGGCGGACCCAAACUUCCUUACAUUUGUGCUCAAUGUGGAAAGACAACCAUAAAGAAGUGCAGUGCCUGUCUCGAAGUGAGCGUUCUUACUGUAACAGUAUUGUUGUUGUUGGCGUGUUCAUUGUGGUCCUCCCACGCUGCUCAACCAUCCUACACAUUCAAUACUGUGCUCGACCACUUCUCUUCCUCAUACUUGGAGGCCUAUAACAAAUUCAAACAGGUCUGCCAAGAAGCUUCAGGCUAUGCAUACAGUGAAUAUCAACUUCCAAAUUUGAAAGGAAUCAACAAUGAAGAUUUGUUCUUGUCUGUGUGUUUCCAACAAGAUAAGGCCAAUCGUCUCAAGAAUGCAGAAGAGUCGAAUGUGUUCAUUACUUAUUCUGGUACUCAUGGUGUUGAAGGCUUUGUUGGAAGUGCUGUUCAAAUCUCACUCAUUCGUAAUGAAAGUUCUCGUGGUUAUGUUCUUCCUACAAACACCUAUGCACUACACCUUCACAUGUUGAACCCAUACGGAGCAAGCUAUUCCUAUAAGGAAAAUGAACACAAUGUGGAUUUGUUGAAAAACUUGAAUGGCCACUAUGAGGAUUUUGCUUCCUGGAAUGUGAGUGGAAAUACAGUUUUGGAACGAUUCAUUGACGCAUUGAACAUUCCACAAGUGCAUUUGCCGCAAGUACAACAACAAGCAGUUGCUGCCUACCAAUCAAUGGUUCAACAAUAUGGAGCAGGUUUCGUAUAUGCUUCAGUGGUUGGCCAAAAAACAAGACCACAAGGAAUCAGUUACACUGGUUUAAGAGACGAAUGGACCACCACGACAGUCAAGUCCAUUUUGAGCACCUAUGUGAAAUCAUACUCAUCUUCAAAUUUGAAGAGAAGAAGAAUUAUCUUGGUGGAUAUUCACUCAGCAGUAGGAGCCUUUGGUGGAAUUUAUGCCAUGUAUGAGACGAAUGAAUUGGAAUUUGCUAAAAUGUUUUUAAAGCCAGAGUCUAUUCAUGUUAAUUUAUUCCCAAAUCCACCUGGUCACAAUCCUGGAUAUUACUUGAAGGAUUAUUCACAUCUCUCAGAGGCAGUCAAUGCCAACGUUUCCAUCUUGUCGAGCGCUUGGGAAGUUGGAACCUAUCCACAAGAGGAUUAUCAAAUGUAUUUGAUUUUGCAAUUGAAUUGUCGCUUUUAUCCAAACAUUCCAACCAGUGAAAGACCUGCGAACGUGUGCCCUUACAUUUAUCAAAACGUUCGUGAAUACUUCUACCCUGGUGGUGACAAUUGGAAGACAUGGGGUUUUGGUAAUAUCACAGAAGGCAUGAGAACCACAUUGAAAGGAAUGGAAACUUGGAGAACUACGGAUGGAACGACCAUUGUGAAUGGAUCUUCACCAAUCAUCAUGAUGGAAAGCUUGCAUCAUGUAAUGACCCUGUUGAUCUUGCUUGUUUUGGCAUUGUGGAUGACUCAAUAA